CCAGGACAGGGGCUGUGCAGUCCCUGUGCACAGCAGGGGCCUCCGUCUGCACAGGGCUGUCACCCCCAGCACGGUGAGGGCAGGAGCAAGCCCUGGCCUUGGCCUUGGCCUCGGCCGGCCCCGCAGGCAUGGCGAGGGCUGGCCAGGGCCCGUGGUGGCGGGCGCAGAAGUGGGAACAGCAUAGGCAGCACAGGGGGCUGCUGCCAGCCAGCAGCGAGGCUAUGAAGCAGCUGCUGUGAUCCCAGCAGGGCGAGAUGAAGCAUGAGGCUUGGCCCAGGGGUGGGAGUGGGAGCAAAGUCUGAACCCAGCCGAGGUGGGAGGAAGGCAGGACAGCACAGGCCUGGCCCUGCUUCAUGUUCUCUUGCUGCAUUUUCCUCCACACUGGUGCCCCGAGGUGUGGGCAAGACGGGUCACACCUCUGCCAGCUUCUGUCCAGCUCUGGCAGCUACAUGGCUUGGUCAUCUGGCAUUUGAGUGUGUUGUCUGAUGUCCAGCCCUCAAUGCGUGGCAACUUCUCCUGCUACUGAGAAUGGCACUCCUCAGGACGCAGAGCUGGAUUCAGUCACAAGCUCAGUUAUACCCUGGAAGAGGUCCAAGGGGAAAGGACCUGAAGUCUAAAACAACAUCCCUUCCACUGCACCCUUGAUGCCCCAAGAGCAGAGGAGGAGUGAAGGUGCCAAGGCCCCAUGUCAGAGCCUCCUCUGGUCUCUUCUCCCCACCUGAGCAGCCCAGCACCCAAGCUGAGGGGAAGGAGAGCAAUCCAGAUGCAAAGGUACCCACUUCUAACCAGAGCACAACAGACUACUCCAUGGAAUUCAAAUCUAUUCUCUCUUCAUUUAAAAUUCUUGCCCCAAGUCGCAGAGCAGAAAAGGUACCAUGUUGUGUGGGAGAAGAUCACAGUGACUAAAUUUGGCAGAACGGCUUCUGGCAGGAACAAAAAGUCUCAGGGUCAGAAGUAUCCACCAGCCAGAGCACUUCUUUCUGAAAGGGAGACAGAAACAAGGCACAGAAAACCAACAGCCCUUCCAGAGGGAAGACCCAAUUUCCUGCAACCUGAGCGCUCUUAAGCAGAGACCCUGGCAUCCUAGUCCUGACAUGCCCAAAUGGACAGUUCCUCCAUCUCAGCAAUCAGACGUGAUUCCACUUCUCAUUAGCGUAAAUGUGUGGGUGGCAAUGCCAGUCCUGAAAGUUAAUUGGUGAGGAAGUUUUCAAAAGAUAUGUGCUGAAGGUAGCAUAUGCAUGUAGGCAGCACAGAGUUUCACAAAGUACAGACAGGUAUUAAAAGAUCAUAAAACAGGUGAGCAUCAUAACUGAAUAUUUUGCAUAUAAUCUGUUUGAUCAAGGGCUGAUGCAAAUGUAUUUGCCAUGCCUUUCCUUUGCACUUGAGCAAACAAAGUUUGGGGGAAAAAAGAAAAUGCAAACCCAGUUCUUCUCUGAGUCAGGGGUGUGCAAAGGCAUGAAAGAUAUUGGGGUUGUAUGGGUGCAGCUGUGAACAGGGUUUAACAUCAUAAAUAUAAAGGACCUGUUAGAUCAGGCUGUUCAAAGCUGUGUGUUUCUUGCACGUUACUUGUCAUUUAAAUAUUUGUUGAAAAAAGCCUGUAUCUUCGGCCAAGCAUGAACCUGUGCUUUAGAAUAAGCCUUGAGCUCCCCACCCAGGACUGCCCACUUGUGAAAAACGGGAUGCUUUCCUAUGGGGUACAAAGGGAAAAAGGGAGGGUCAAAGCAGUGCCCUGUUCCAGGGUAGGAGAGAAUCUGAAAAUUUUCCUUCCCUUGAGCCUGCAAACGUUUACAGGUUUCAGUAGCAUGAUAUUUGCUCUUAACAAUAUGAUCAUCUUGUCCAGUGAUGAACAGUAAAUUUGCCUCGACUUUCUCCAGUGGGAUCAGGCUUUGGUGGCCAGGGACUUGGAAGGGGUCAUUAAGGAUGUCAGAAUAAUCAAGAAUAUUGUAUUGAUUGACCUUGACACGCUUUUCAUCAAAGGGCAGAGUGGGGAUGAUUUUAUCCUUGUAACAGAGAGGAAUAACUGUAACGGCCACUGAACCAUUGAUGGAAGCAACGGCUGCGAUAUUCUUCAGGAAGGCGGCCAUGGCGAGACACAGUUCUCCUCCUUUGGAGUAUCCGAGCAAGCCAAGCCUUGGUCCCUUUACCUGGUGAAGAGGAGGAAAUCCCCAUCAUUACUGAGCUGGAAAGCAUGACAGCUAAAUAUUACUGGAGGGGACACUGUAUAAUGCUGAGCGUUUGCACGACACUGUAAAGGAGAGGAUGGCAAGGAUCAUUUUUCUGCUGGAUGAGUUGUAGACACUUCCCACAGACAAACUGCUCGCUGGGAUAAUAGGGAAUAACAGAGAUAAAGUGAGGGGCAUUUUGGAGAAGAGGCCGCUCCUUGGAGCGCAGAGGACAGCCAGGGUGCUCCUACCUGUGGGUGCCGCAGCAUAUAGUUCACCGCCUCUUCAAAAUAUUCCAGGUGGAGUUUAGAUGGGUCCUGGGGCAGAUCCUCAUACCGGUAAUAUGCCAGGGCCAAUGUGGCAAAGCCGUGGUUGGCCAGGAGGCUGGCUCUAUGUUCAAAAAGACCUCCUCCAAGUCCAUGUAUGUCAAUGACUCCUGGAAAAGGUGCUUCUCCUGGAGCAGACAAGACCAAGAGCAGUAUUGCCUGCAAUGAGUCCUCUUAAUGUUUCCCCAGUUUAGAAUGCAUCAAACCAGAUACACAACAGGAACUGUAGAAGAGCAUUUCUGGGGGAAGAGACGUGAUCAGUUGCUCAGCUGUGCUAUGUCAGCAGCUGAAAAUACGCCAGGGUGUGUUGCAGAUGAAGAAAGGAUCAGCAAAAACACCCGCUGGGAAUGGGACUGAUCUUCCUUGUCAUGCUCACUGAUCCAUAGGAUUUCAGUCUCACAGAAUAAAGCAGCAGCAACAGCACUGAGAUUGCUUCAUCAUUGGUGGCAGAAUGAAGACAUCAGCCUUUCGCAGCAAUCGUCACUCAGUUGCUGAGGACCGCGGUGUGUUGGCUGAGUGCUUGCAUGUCCACAGAGGCCCAGCUGUGGCCUUGCAGAGCACAAACACCACCAUGCCCUUUCAAGACUUCAGCCACUCUGAGAAGCAUCAACUGUAUUACCUGAAAAAGCACCUCAGGCAGAUAGUUGAGGGCCUGAGUUUCUCCAAGGAUCUACUGGAGCAACAAGGACCGUCCUAUAAGGAGUACAACUUCAAACACCUCUAUGAUCCUUCUGAUAUCAUUCAAAAUUCAAAAAGUGAAAAGCCCAUUGCUAUGAACUUCAAGCGCUCAGUCAGACUCCACCCUCAGAAGCAACCACUUUUCCCUAUGAAAAAUAAUGGACUUUCUCCUAAGCUCAGGCAGGAAGACAGCCUGGGGGGCUCCAAACUAGAAACCUUGCCGAGAAAGUUAUCUCUGCCACCUGUUCCUUCUUGUAAGACUCCAGGUGUGCAGGCAGUCCUGGCAAAGCCCUGUGAGAGGUUAUCUGGCUCCCUGACAAGAGGAAGACAGGAAAAGCAGAUCUCUGAGAAGAACAUCCCAGGAUCAGAGAAUAUGACUUGCGGAGUGGAGAAAACAGGACUGGAGAAACUGAACAGGACAGCACCUGUGGAUCAGCAGAGGGCCAGGAGUGGCUCAGUUCAGUGUAACCCCCUUGACUUUGAAAAACAGAGGUUUCCCUGGAACACAAUCAGGGAUGAGCUUUCUUCUGACAAAGAUGUGAAAAUAUUGGAUAAUAUUCAGGGCAGAGAAAAUGACAUGGAAAUCUUAUCCCAGACGCAAGCUGAGAAGACUCCUGGGACAGUCCUCCCCGUCUCCUGCAGUGGGCUGCCUGCUUAUUACCCAAGAGUGCUGUCAACUGAUGACCCUGCCGAUACAAAUGUUACAGCUGAUGACACAGAAAGAAGGUGUCUGAACCCAGAAUCUUCUGUGCAGAGACAUUUGAUCGCCCGUCUCGGGAAAUACACCUACACCCCCAAGAAUGCUUUUGAGCGGGAGCUUUACUUUGGGACUGCAAAGAUUGUCCAUCAGGUGGAUGAAGGGAUGAAGGACUAUUUCAUCCUGGAGAACCAUGAUCAAUACUACAAACAUCUCCAGCAGCCUUUCCCAAGACAACCUGAGUGCUGGGGUUGCAAGCCGCAGAGGAGGGCAGCGCGGAGAUCCAAGAAGGAAGACUUGCGAUGGAUUGCUCUCCCCACUUUAACUCCUUAUUUUGUGCAAAAUGACAAGGAAUCACCUCCUACAAAGGCCAAGGAGGUACAAAAGGAGUCCAAGGGGUCUAAUAAAGAAGUGCCUUGGGAAAUACAAGCCCUCAGGGCUACGCUGGAGCAGUGGAAGGAUGCAUGGAACCUGCGUUUUUAUGAACAAGGAAGCCAUGCUGGUUAUCCAAACACAUUUUCCUCUCUGAUGCCAGAUCCCCAGUGGCGAAAUAUGACAAAAGAAGGUUUAACGAGGUCUCUCACAAGUGUACACAACAUCAGUAGAAUCAAGGCUAUCAUAGCCUGUGCGUCUGCUGCAGUUGAACAACAUGGACGGAAAACCAAGCCUCAGAAGCUCAGUGAGAGAAGCUCCUGCUUGCAGGCUGCUGAUCUGCAUGUGGGUAUGGGAAAUUUUAACUGUUAUGAAAUGUUAUCCAUGUGUGAAAACAAGGGCAAUUUCAUGAUACCUCAUUAUCAGCAUCAUUGCUCUAUAAAAGUGUCAAUACCCAAAAAGGGUACUUUUAGACCCAGUAUUAUAAAAAGCCAUUUCAUAAAUAAACACUCCAAUCUUAGGCAGUUCAGAAACAAAGGGAAUCAAGUGAACUUAAUUUCCACCCACCUCCUACUUGAUCUUAUAUACACUGCUGGAGAGUGGGAGACCAUGAGAGCUAUGACUGUGUUAACAUCUUCAGUGCUGGUGGACAUUACAGAUGGACAAAAUAUUUCUUCAGCUGCAGUAACAGAUAGUGCUGGGAAGCCCUCAGUAACCCAGGAUGUGCUUGCGGAACUACAGCCCUUACUUAGAGAGACUCUGCAGGACAAGAAUGCCCACGUGAGAAUGGCAUCUGCACUGUGUCACUACGUUAUUGGGAAAAGGAAUGAGGAGGCACAAUCGAUCGUGAAGGAUGCUCUGGCACAUGGCAAUUCUGCAGACAGCUGGGCAGUGGCGCAAUGCCUGGCUCUGGAGAGCACCAUCACUGUGCCUGUAGUGACAAAGCUCCUUUCUCGGCUGUUUGAAAGAGCGAUGCAGCUGCAGAGGAGCAGGCCCCUUGGUGCACUUCCUGCUGACAGCCCAGCUGAACAGCCCCGCUGGACUGCCCGGGCCCGGGCUUGCUGCGCUCUCCCCGGUGCCGGCGGGCACCUCAGCCAGGACCUAAUGAACAAGCUUUCCCAGCUAAUGUGGAAGGACUGGAACAUAAGAGUAUGCCAGGCAGCUACUCUGGCACUGGGGCACAUGAAGCUUGCAAAAGAAAUCCAUGAUCAGCUCAGCUACACCAAUAUGUGUUACCUGCUUUCUGCUCUCGGGGUGAAGCUGACCGCUGGAAACUGCCAAACAAAGGUGCAAGCUCUCUCUUUGAUUAGGCAGCUGCAGUACAUGACAGCCAAGUUAUUUCCAGGCUUUCUGCAGUGCUUCUCCAGUGACUUCGUUGCAGUAUGGAAGGAAGCCUGUCUUACAGCAGGAGCACUUGGGAUUAAAGAGGAGCAUGUCCUUCGGUGUCUCUAUGAGAUGAUGCAGUACGAUCCUCAUUGGAUAAUCAAGGUUUUUGCCAUCAGAGCAUUGGGCCAAAUAGGCCAUGUGAGUCCUGAGCUGAAGCAUCUUCUUCUUUGGGCUGUUCACUAUGAGGAAGAGCCAGAAGUACGGAGAGAAGCCUGCUGUUGCAUUGCCAGACUCUGCUUGCAGGAUGAAAAUGUUCAGGCUACACUAUUAGAAAGAUUGAUUCUGGAGCCAAAUGAAACGGUCAGAGAAGAAGUGGGAAAAGCUAUGAAGAUCCUUAAUUUUCCCCAUGAGGAAGAUCAAGAAAUGAUUAAAGAGAUCAAGAAAGAGAUUUUCAGGUUAAGCCAAAAGGACUUGGUGACCCAGAAGCUACUGAAAUUUGAAAAGGUUAUGGACUGGCUGCGGCAAAAAGCCAGCCACAUCUGUUGGAGCAGAGAGGACCUCAAUUCUGAACGCGAAGACAUCCUGGAGAGGAUCACUGCUGUUUUUCAAUCCACUCCUGGUAAUUCUAAUAAUCUCUCUAAUACUUCUGUUUAG